GCUUCUCCGGGCUUUGCAUGGCAGGAGCGCGGGAGGGGAGCCCCGAAGAGGCGGGUGGGAACGGCUUCGACGGGGACGCUGGAGCCUCUCCCAGCAGCUCCCUGUCAAAGCUCCUCACCAGCAAGCGAGGACCCCGUCUCUCCCUUUUCGGUGCGGCGGCUUCCGGCGGGCAGAAGGGAAACAGACCCGUCCGUAGUUGUGUCCAAGUGCACUUUUAUUUCUCCCUUUAAGUAGCGUUGCGAAAUGCAAGAGGUUGCACACGCACACCCCAUAGGCUGCGUGUGUGGUCGGGGGAGGGGGACAAUCUGCUGCUGUCCCGCCGCACCCACCCACUUCCAGGGGAUCAGGGAGCAACCGGGGUUGGCGUCUGUGAGUGUGUGUGUGUGUUUGUGUUUUAAAAUCCUCCUGCUGUACUUCCUUCUUGGCCGCGAAGCCUGCGUGGGCGGGAGGAGCGAAGCUAUUUCUCCCCUGGCUCAGUUUCCCGACCACCACCCUCCUCUCCUCUCUGUCGACAUUUGACAACUAGUUAUACCAGUAGUGUUACAGAGAACACUUUGAUGCCACAACAGUAACAUAUCCAGAAACAUCACAAACCUAUAGAUAAAAAAAUAUGAUCUUUGAGACAUGCCUGUCAGUUCAAGAGAGCCAGCCUUCUACACACACUGCUGACUUUCUUAAGUGAAGGAUGUGGGGAAUACUUUGGUUGUGGAACAGGAGGCAGCCUUCACCUUAACAUGAUGCCAUGAAACUUGUCAGAGUCCAGCUAUUAUUUUAACUUUAAAAGGUUACUGAGCAGAUUACAAAUGGUGUGGAUUUUUAUCAUGAACCGGAUGAACCCACAGAGCAGUUCUCCCAGUCAGCGUAGGCGCAUGGCUCUUGGAAUUGUCAUUCUUCUCCUGGUUGAUGUGAUAUGGGUUGCUUCUUCUGAACUCACUUCGUAUGUUUUCACUGUGUACAAUAAGCCGUUCUUCAGUACAUUUGCAAAAACAUCCAUGUUUGUUCUUUACCUCUUGGGAUUUAUCGUUUGGAAACCUUGGAGGCAGCAGUGCACCCGUGGCCUUCGUGGCAAACAUGCGGCUUUUUUUGCAGAUGCUGAAGGCUAUUUUGCAGCCUGUACAACUGACAAUACUGUAAAUAGUUCUUUGAGUGAACCAUUAUACGUUCCUGUAAAGUUUCAUGACUUGCCAAGUGAAAAAUGUAGCAACACUAACAGUGACACUGAAAAAACACCCAAAAAGCCUCGUGUAAGGUUCAGUAAUAUUAUGGAGAUUCGACAACUCCCAUCAAGCCAUGCAUUGGAAGCAAAGCUGUCUCGUAUGUCUUAUCCAACAGUUAAGGAACAGGAUUCAAUAUUAAAAGCUGUAGGGAAGCUUACUGCAUCUCAAGUAGCCAAAAUCAGCUUUUUCUUUUGCUUUGUGUGGUUCUUGGCAAACUUCUCUUAUCAAGAAGCACUUUCGGACACCCAAGUGGCCAUAGUUAAUAUUCUGUCUUCAACGUCUGGAUUAUUUACCUUAAUCCUAGCUGCAGUGUUUCCAAGUAACAGUGGUGAUAGGUUUACCCUUUCAAAAUUGUUAGCUGUCAUUUUAAGCAUUGGAGGCGUUGUCCUUGUGAAUCUGUCUGGCUCUGAGAAAUCUGCUGGAAGAGACACAAUAGGGUCCUUGUGGUCUCUUGUGGGAGCUAUGCUCUAUGCAAUCUACAUAGUCAUGAUAAAACGAAAAGUAGACAGAGAAGACAAACUUGAUAUACCAAUGUUUUUUGGUUUUGUUGGUUUGUUUAAUUUGCUGCUGCUUUGGCCAGGUUUCUUUUUGCUCCAUUAUACUGGAUUUGAGAACUUUGAAUUUCCCAGUAAAUUAGUCCUUAUGUGCAUUGUCAUCAAUGGCCUCGUUGGAACCGUCCUGUCUGAAUUUCUCUGGCUGUGGGGCUGUUUUCUUACCUCAUCACUGAUAGGCACACUUGCUCUGAGCCUUACAAUACCUCUGUCCAUAAUAGCUGAUAUGUGCAUGCAAAAGGUCCAGUUUUCUUGGUUAUUUUUUGCCGGAGCAAUCCCUGUAUUCUUUUCGUUUUUCAUUGCAACUCUCUUAUGUCACUACAACAACUGGGAUCCAGUGAUGGUGGGAAUUAGAAGAGUUUUCGUAUUCAUUUGCAGAAAACACCGUAUUCAGAGAACAUCUGACGAAAGUGAGCAAUGUGAAAGUCUCAUUGCCAUGCACAGUGUUUCGCAAGAAGAUGGAGAAAAUGGCUGUUCUUAGAGAACAGUGCAAGAUGGAAAGGUAACUAAGCGAAGAGACAAUCUCCUGGAAAGUCCUUAUGGAAUCAUGUUUCAGUGCCUCUUCUGAAUCUUUAAUUGUUUCAGUUCUUUUGAAACUUAAAAAAUACACUCUCACUUUCUCAGUUCCAUUCUUAAAUUGGUUUUACUAAAGAGCUACUUUACUACAAGAAAUCCCAAUCCUUCUAAGAAACCAACCUGCCUUAUAGAACUCAGUUGGUGAAAUUACUUGAUACAAUCAAUGAAGUGAAUGCUGAUCUAGUGGGGGGGUUUUGGUGUUUUUUUUUAAAGCUUUCAUAUUUUCUUAAGUGCUGGAUGACAUUUUUACAAAUACUUUUCAAAUUCUGUAAAAAGUCUGUGUGAAUCAUAAUUUUGUAUAAACUUUCAAAUGUAAAAGUAAAAUACGACAGUUACCUGUAUUAGGUACUGAUUACCCUUGUAUGAUGCUUAAGCUCUACUUGAAUGAUAACAAAAGAGCAGAAAAUUAUUUAAUUUAUUGAAUAACUUCAUUAUUUCAGAGGCUAUUAUGGCUACUCAAUACUAUAUAAUAUGCCAUCUUAUCUAUAUGAAAGACCUUGAAAGAGUUUGGGUGCCUUGUGUUUUUUAAAUAUCUGUGUCCUGAUUCAAUUUUUUGAAGAACUCUUAAUGUAAAAGUAUAACAACAUCAGAAUCCGUAUAAACAUGAACUACAAAAACUGAUCUAAAGUAUCUUUUAAAGAAUUCAAUUCUUGUUGUUUCAACGAAAGUUGUAAAAUGUAUCAAACCAAAUAUAGAAGCUGAAAACAAUAGAGUGCUCUGAAUUCAAUGAUGGAGAAGGAAAAAAGUUUCUAAACUUUUGUACACAAUUUCUUAUUGAAGUCAAUAUAUUUUCCCUAUCAGGACUAGCGUUAUGGAUGUAUAGGAAGGUGCUUAAUUUCCUCCCUCCCUCUUUGUUCCCAAAGCUGCUUUCCCACCUGAGGAGGAAAAGACACAGGAUCUUAUUUUUAAAAACCAAAAGGAUUGAUUGUAGAAUGCCUGUCACAUGUAAUUGUGGACUAGAGAAUAACACAUGUAUGUACUUUGGAGCUUGCGAUCUUUCCUCCUCAGACAAAGUCCCCUGGCUGCAUGGAAGUAAUACGUUGCAGUGGUGCAUGUUUUUCAGUAAGUUAAACUCAUUCUACACUAUGUGGAAUGGGUUCUGGUUUACAAAGAAUUCUAAUAUAUCUGAAGAGUGCAUCAAAGUUACCAGUUUUCAGUAAGACAAAAGGCAGAGGGCUCAAAUGGUAGGGAAAGACUUGGAUCUAGAAAUUUGCUAGCAGAAAUUCUGCCCUUGGUGCUGUUCCGUCAACUAUUGUGCUAGAGCCAGCUGAAGGCAUUGUGUGAACUUGAGAUGGAAGCUUAUCUGGAUUUCAGUUCUUGCACAAGGAUCUUGCACUAAGUCAGGAAAAGGCUAUUCAGCUCAUCAAGGAGGACUUCCAGUUGCAGAAGGGCACCUCUGGAUCCCACCUUUACAUUGCAAUCCUGUAGACACUUCGAAGUUAGCCCCAUUGGCUACAAGGGGAAUGGCUUCUGAGUGAACACCUGGAAGAUGCACUGCAUACGUAAACUGAUAGUGCUACAACAGUACUGUGCAACUCAGUAAAUAUUUUCAGAAUAAUUAAACAAUUGAUUUCAUUUAUUAUUUUAAGACUAUUGGCUGUUUAAAAAACACACACACGACUUAGCACAUUAAUUUCAAUGUGCCUAUUUAAUGCCUUUGUUGGAUACCCACUUCCUAGUUUCUAAACUUUGAAGUAGUAUCUCUGAGCCUUAUCAUGUAUUACACUAAAACUACAUGCUCUAAAAUACAAGUUGUGCUUCAAAUCCUCCAUAUACCUCUACUCCCAAGGGCAUUGUGAACUUGUACAUUCCACACUUAGAAUACAGUAGAAUGUAGCUUGGAUCCUGAGUUGCCCUUCCACAAAAGGAAGGGACUGCUUGCUAGUGGAAGGGAGGAGCUGGUUUUUGCAUUUCCUCCAUAGGCCCCAAUGCCAGGUCACACGCUAGUCUGGAUGAUCUUCCUACCAUCAAAUGUAAAUUUGAAGGAGGAAUUCAUGAAAAUUUGCUCUCCCCUUCAAUGGGCAGGAGCAUCCCCUGAGCAGAGUUCUGCUCAUUGGGAACUUAGGCUAACAUUUUUAGGAGAGAAAUAGUCAAGGCUAGUAGUGCCCAUACAAAUAAGAUGAGAACAGACAAAACUCUGUCAGUUAAGGAAGCACCUUCACUAAAUAUUUCGUCCACUUAGUUAAGUAAACUAUUUUUUUCAGAAUCGGUAUGUAUUCCUACUUACGACUGGCAACCAUAGAUCAUGUAUAACAUUCCAUACCUGCACAAUAUGUAGGUUGCUCUCAGUCAUUGUCAACUAUUGAGAGGAUUGUAAGCUGUUUUGUGUCCAUUUGAUUUCUUGACCGCCAACUUGAAUUGAUUUGUGACUUGACCUUGCAUAAUGUUUAGAUCAUUGGCAGGAGCAAGACUUAUCUCCAAUAAGAUUACAUUGCUUUAGGAGGCGAAAGAGUAUGGGCUUAAGCCUUGUCUGGAAAUGGAAAAACAAACUAUUAGUGCAUCAGGCAGUGGAGAAAGUAAGCAACAAUAAUGAUUUGCUUCAUUAAUGUUCUACUCUUUGAGAGUGUCAGUCAAGCUUGGUUAGUAAAAGUUGACCACUAAAUUAUGUUUUUAUAGCUACUGGAGCAGUAAUUUGGUGGCUUAUACAGUAAUGUGCCUCCUGUGGCCAAUUCUGCUUUCAGAUAUGCGAGUUGCAAUCUUUAUGGCUGGGAGGCAAGUGCCAUUUCUACAUUCAUGGCAAAAAAAAAACAGUAUUUACCUGUAACAAUUAGCAGGAAGCCAUCCUAACUUUAACUUACAUAAUCUGUCUUUAAAAUACCUUGAUGGAAGAGUGUUUUUUAAAAAAUAAUAAUAAAAACAUCGUGAAGAUAUGAUAAAUAUAUUUAUAAUGCACACUUUAUUUCAACAUUUCCUGUAUAUCCAGCAAUACCACUAGGUGAUAGACAUGUGGUUUAUCCUCUCUGGGCCUAGCAUCCUCUCAUUACAUUGUUUGUUUAAAUGUGCUCAGAAAAGUUAGUGUGCGAGCAAAAUUAUUAACCGUUUGGAUUGUUUUUCUUACGAUUAUUUUAGCAGUUGGGAGUACAUUAUAAAGUGAAAUCUCUGAAAACUGUCAACAGUGAUUUUAAGGUUUUAAAAUGUAUGAGUUACAGUACAUACAUAUUAUAUAUGGCAUUGGACCUGCAUUUAAUAAACUAUAAUGAUAUUUUUCUACA